AUGAGCGAUACGCUGUGUGGACCAUCCAACGCGCUGCAAAACUUCCAGAAGCAUGCAUCGGUCGAUCGCACCUUACAGCAAGAUCGUUUAGCCUCGCGGCAGUCAUCUACACAAGGAUUCCGAUCGCAAAGCCCGCGGGACGGUAUACUUGACCCGGAGUUCGCCGCAUUCGAGGCCAACCUCGCAGGCCCUGCCCUCCCAAAUCUCCAGCACCCUGCCCACUUUGGUGGGCCAGUACAGCGACCAGUAAAUGCCCACCCGAGCGCGAACUGGGCUUCGGAUUUCCAAACCCUUCAAAUCUCAGCGCCAGCUCCAUCGCAAUUACAAGGACCGUCGAUCUCACAAGCCCAAGGAGGGUGGCAAAAUGAAUUUAUCGCACACCAACAGCGUUCUCAACAAGGCCCGGCGCAUCUUGCACAAAAUAACAGUACAGCAAACCGUGCAUAUCAACCUGCCUUCGCCCCCAGCUACCCAAUGUACAAUAACAACCUCGACAGCACAUUCCAAGCUCCUCAGCAGGCUCACGCGGAGCACGUUGCUCCCACAGAACAAUUUGAUGAAUCCGCUUUUGAGGCGGCAUUUGAGCAGGCUCGAGCAGAUAUGGAGCACCAGGAAGCUCAGAUUACACCAAAUAUUGAAGAACAUAUGCAAGAGACAAACCCCGUUGAGUCUAUCGAGCCGCAAGAAGAAAUCAGAAUAGGAUCCGACACUAUCCUUCAAACCGAUCAACAAGACCCGCAAAAUCGCACUCGAGAUGCAGAUGCCCUCGCACAAACAGCAGGGGAACUCCUCGACAGCGUUCGUCAUGAUCAAAACCAGAAAUUCCAGCAGAGUAACUUUCUUGCUCUCAUGCGCCGAAUCCGUGACCGUGAAGUUGAGGUGGAGGGAGAUGAUUUUCGCGAAGUCAGUAGCAACCCGUGA